AUGUCUCCCCUCCGCCGGAUAUCGGCGAACACCGCUGCCCUCAUCUUCAUGUUUCUCUUUCUCGGGUACUGGUUCCGGGCGAGCAACCGGUUUCCGCAAAUCGACGCAGCGUCGCUGGCGCUGCAUUGGAACAGCAGCCAGACGGUGCAUAGGCUUCAAUCCUUCGCGGCCGAUCUCGCGCCCGAGUGCGACGUGGUCGUCGAAUCCAUCAUCACGACGCGGACCGAGACCCAGUACAUCACCGCCACGGCGACAGCCACCGAGACGGCGACGUGUCCGCGCGUCGUGGUCGAAGCCGCCACGCGCCUCCCCGUCGUCGAGGUCCCGCCCAUUCACAUCCCCUCCUCCAAGGGCGGCACCGUCGCGGCCAAGGAGCCGACGGCCGAGCAGGAGACGGUGGCGCGGCUGCGCGGCCGGGGCAUCGUCAUCAUCUUCAAGACGGGCGCGCAGGAGGUCUCCCACCUGUCCAUCCAGGUCGGCACCACGCUGCGCUACCUCGACCCGGCUGACAUCCUCUUCUUCUCCGACCUGCAGGGCUCCAUCGGCCCCUUCCUCAUCCACGACGCCCUGCGCAACGUCGACCAGACGCUCAAGGAGUCGGACGCCGACUUCCAGAUCUACCGCGACAUCCGCCGCUACCAGCGCACCGGCCAGGAUAUCGAGGAGCUGAAGGAGGAGAGGAGUAAAGGCGACGGGAGGGCCGGCUGGCGGCUGGAUAAGUACAAGUUCUUGCACAUGGUCGAGGAGACCUUUGAAAUGCGACCCAAUGCGAAAUGGUACGUAUUCAUCGAGACCGAUUCGUAUGUCGUGUGGAGUAACCUCGCCGAAUGGCUGGGGAGGUUGGAUUCUACGAAACCGAUGUAUUUGGGUGCCCCUGUAUACAUCGAAGGAACGGCGUUUGGACAUGGCGGAAGUGGCUACGUCUUAUCUAACGCGGCAAUGAACAAGCUGCUGGGGUCGGACCAACCGCAGGAGCUAGCCGCAAAGUGGGACAAGAAGAUGAAGGAUGUUUGCUGUGGGGACUUGGCGCUUGCGGUAGCCUUGAAGGAGAAGGGAAUCAAUGUUUCUGGGGCUCACCCGUUGACGAAUGGGGAUAAGCCCGCUACCAUGUCUUUUGGACCCAAUCAGCUCUGGUGUGCACCAGUCGUGACGAUGCAUCAUGUUUUGCCGCAUGAGAUUAGUGCGAUCUGGAGGUACGAGAGGAAGAGGGAGAUCUUGGAUAUCAAUUCGAAUGGUACGACCUUCGCGGAUCUCUACUUUCAUUUUGUAGAACCGCUUUUCGUCGAGACGAGAGAUAAUUGGGACAAUAUGUCUCAAGGGAAAACCUUCUCGGAAAAGCAGACGGAGGAAAUUGAGGCAAAGAUCUUGGAGCUGCAGAGGAAGUUCGACGAGGAGGAUAGAAAAAUUGAUGAAGCGAGGAAGAAUGAGGAGGAUAAGAAGCUUUGGGAGGAAAAGAAGCUCGAGGAAGCGAAGAAGUUAGAUGAGGCGCGGAGGAAGAUGGAGGAGUCCAAGAAUGAAUUGCUUGAUGGAGAGAUUGCGGCUAGCACUGCUGCGUCAAAGGAGACAGAGAAAAAGCAAAAGGCUUUGGAAGAAGAUGCGGCUGAGAGAGAAAGAGAGGGUGGAGACACUGAUCCAAGCAAAGACAGCAAGGAUGUCAAGCAGCCCGCCGAAGACGGCGAAACCCUAGGCUCGGAGAAGGGGGGCAAAGAUGAUAGGACUUCGGAUGUGGAUGUGAUAGACGAUAAGAAGGACGAUAAGAAGGACGAUAAGAAGGAAGGCGAGAAAGACGAAAAGAAAGACGAAAGUAAAGAUGGCGAGAAAGACGAAUACAAAGACGAUAAGGAAGACGAAAAGAAAGAAGAAACAGAACCAGACACAAAAGAAGAAGAGAAGAAACCCGACCUCAAGCUUGAGACCAGGGAAGUAUCCCAAAAGCCAGCACCUGCGCCCGCACCCGGCAAGGUAUCGCAUGCCAAGCGCAGAGAAAUAACCGACGAUCGCCCCGACGUCGAGAAAGAAGCACACCUGUCCUUCGAGAACUGCGAAAAGGCGUGCGAGGCCUACGACCGAUGCUUCCAGUACGUGUACUACGAGAAAGUGUGUACACUGGGAGAGUCGUUCCGGCUUGGGAAGUACGUGAAGCCGGAUCGCGAGGAUAGGAUUGUGUCGCAGUCGGGCUGGAAGUUGUCGAGGAUACGGAAGUGGUAA